AUGCGUCGCAGCUGCGCUGGAGUUGGAGGUCCCGUUGCUUCGCGCGGCGCAGCAGUGCGCUCGCGGCUUCCGUACAUUAAACUGCGUCACUUGUGCCGAUACAACGAGACGGAGGAGCAGUUCUAUCAGCGUUGCACCAACUUGAGCCAGUUCGACUGCUCCGAGGAGGAGAUGCUGUGGUGCAUGAUCGGGCCGCGGCGGCUGCCACUGGUGAGGAUCGUGCCGCUGUCUGUCGUGUUGCUGGUGAUAUUCAUCACGGGCAUGGUGGGGAACGUGGCGGUGUGCAUGGUGAUAGUGCGCCACCCUGCCAUGCACACGGACACCAACUAUUACCUGUUCAGCUUGGCGCUGAGCGACUUAUUGCUGCUGUUAUUCGGCCUUCCCAAUGACUUAUGGGUAUACUGGCACCAGUAUCCCUACAGCUUUGGCGUCGUCUUCUGCAAAUUUAGAGCUCUGAUAUCUGAAGCAGCAUCAUACGUUUCGGUGCUGACGAUCGUCGCGUUCACCUUGGAACGCUACUUGGCAAUAUGCCACCCGCUGCACAUCUACGCCGUAGCUGGUCUACGCCGCGCGCUACGAAUCGUCGCGACCCUAUGGGCUCUCUCCCUUCUUGCUGCGGCUCCCUUCGCCCAUUACACUACGGUGAAUUAUCACGAAUACCCCCCUGCAUUCUGCGCUAUGCUGGAACUUCCCACUUGGUACAUCUGCGAGCUGAGCAGUCUCUUCUUCUUCAUAUUGCCCGGCAUCAUUAUCCUGUGUCUCUACGUGCGAAUGGGAUUGCGCAUUCGAUACGUUAUGGGAUCAACACAACCUCAAGGACCCGGAAGCCCCGGAACGCUUAAUGGCGUGAAUGGCAGCGUUCACGGGGAGGCGCGACAGGCGCAAUCUAGGAAGAACAUUAUCAGAAUGCUUGCGGCGGUGGUCAUUGCGUUCUACGUGUGCUGGGCUCCGUUCCAUUUUCAGCGUCUGUUCUUCAUCUAUGGCACCAGCUCCAAAUACUACCACACCAUUAAUGAGAACCUCUUCAACGUCGCUGGCGUUUUCUACUACAUCUCUGCCACCGUCAACCCGAUACUCUAUAACAGCAUGAGUCGACGGUACAAAGCGGCGUUCCGCGAGACGCUCUGCUGUAGAACUGUGAAGAGGAACGCAAGUAGGUAUGGCCGGGAGCACUCCAGCAUCUACGAGACGACGAUUAACCACAACUCGGAGGGAGCACACUUAGUGCGCGUGCGUUCGCAGAGCCACGAGCGUCGGCGCCGCUUGGAGCAACGGCCGCGUAGAAGCAGCUGCUACGGAACCGAGACGAGCCUCUACGGAAAUAGGCUGAGGGACUUGCGGGAUACUAGGCGGUACAACGGAGUC